AUGCGGCUCUCUGUCUCGGCCCUCAUCCCGGUCAUCAUCGCGGCUUCCUCGGCCGUUGCGCUCCACGAUGGAACAGCCACGGCCUUCACGUCCGGCCCCAACCCCAAGAGCAUUGUCCGCAGACCCGACCAGUUCUGGGACCAUGUGGUGAAAGGCGAGCUGGCAAACUACAGCCUACGCGCCAAAAAGGCGAAUCCUGCCGAGCUCGGUGUCGAUUCGGUCAAGCAAUUCAGCGGCUACCUCGACGACCAGGAGCAGGACAAGCAUCUCUUCUACUGGUUCUUCGAGUCGAGAAACGACCCGGCCAAGGAUCCCGUCGUCCUGUGGCUCAACGGCGGCCCGGGAUGCUCCUCCAUGGUCGGCCUCUUCACGGAGCUGGGCCCCUCAACGAUCCCCAACAGCGAUCUCAAGCCGGUCCGGAAUCCUUAUGCUUGGAACAAUAACGCCUCCGUCAUCUUUCUCGACCAGCCCGUCAACACCGGUUUCUCCUACAGCAGCCGCGACGUCUCGACGACGGCGGCUGCGAGCAAGGACGUAUACGCCCUGCUUACCCUCUUUUUCCACGAGUUUCCUCAGUACGCAAAGCAGGACUUUCACAUUGCGGGCGAAUCGUAUGCCGGCCACUAUAUACCCAUCUUUUCCCAGGACAUUCUCGCGCACAAGGACCGCAACAUCAACCUCAAGAGUGCCAUGAUCGGAAAUGGCCUGACGGAUCCCCUGACCCAGUAUCGGUACUACAAGCCCAUGGCCUGUGGCGAGGGCGGCUACCCUUCUGUCCUGAGCGAAAGCGAGUGCAAGAGCUUGGACAAUGCGCUGCCUCGCUGCCAGAGCCUCAUCAAGUCGUGCUACGACACGGACGACACCAACACGUGUGCGAGCGCCACGCGCAACUGCAACGCGGGGCUGCUCAACCCGUACCAGCGCUCCGGACACGACGUGUACGACGUUCGCAAGAAGAGCGGCGAGGGCACGCCCGACUACUCAUACCAGUUCCUCAAUGAGGCGCACGUCAAGGAGGCGCUGGGCGUCGAGGUGGACGAGUUUGGCCAGUGCAGCGGCCAGGUAAACGGCGACUUUGUGUCGGCGGGCGACUGGAUGAAGCCGACGUUCCGCGCGGUGCCCAAGCUCCUGGAGCAGAUACCAGUGCUCAUCUACGCCGGCGACGCAGACUACAUCUGCAACUGGCUGGGCAACCGCGCAUGGACCAACGCGCUCGAGUGGCCCGGGCGCGACGCCUUUGGCAAGGCCAAGCAGAUCAAGCUCCGCAGCCCGGCGGGCAAGGAGGAUUACGGGUAUCUCAAGACAGCGCAGAACUUUGCCUUUCUGCAGGUCCGCGAGGCUGGCCACAUGGUGCCGGCGAGCCAGCCCGAGGCGUCGGUUGACUUUUUCAACCGCUGGAUCAGCGGCGAAUGGUUUACCAAGAAGUGA